AUGGCUUCGACAUCUUCUGGUCAGCUACAAGCUGCUUCCAGCACUGAUGUGCUGACUGGGCUUUGCCAAUCCAAAUCAAUUCCGAAAGCCGACAGGAUCAUCAUCGUGGAUUGCGUUGGUGGCAUACCAGGCCAGGAUGGUAAUUGCGUGCAAGGCCUUAUCAACUUGUCGCAGCAAUUUGAAACCAUCGAUGAUCAGCUAGCAAAAUCCAAAGCUACCCAAGAAGCGCUCCAGCAUCGUCAAAAUCUCGAUACGAUUAAGAGAUGCUUGGCGAUCUUGCCAUCAUCUUCUUCCGGCCUUAUUGUCAGCCCAGAGACUGCAGCCAACUCAUCGACACAUAGCGCUGCGAGAGAUCCAACGUUCGGCGUGGGCACAAAACAGAAGAAUGUUCUGAUUCACAACUUAUUAACCAACAAGCCUCUGAUCUCUUCUUCGUUACCUUCAGGACGGGUGUCGACUUUGGGAAAUGCUCCAUCCAACGAGUUUAGCGCUACCUUAGUGAAAAGGGGUGUGCCGCUGAGCAUCAUGCCAGCGGAUUGCGGCUGGCAAAGACCUGCCCAUGGCACAACCAGUAUGAGACUCGAAGAUGAUACGCGAAUCGACUUUCGACGUCUGGUGUACCUCAUCGAAGACAGCUUUCGCCGAAAGCUGGAUGUCUCUGACUAUCUCUCGAGAGUGGAGGGACGCAUCGCAGGGAUCGUGGUUGUCGGUGAAUACGAAGGCUGCGCAAUCUUCACCUGGGAGAUGCCCCCAAACACACAAGACCCAUCACGGCUAGUACCGUAUCUCGACAAAUUUGCGGUCCUGCAAUCUUCACAGGGCUCAAAUGGGGUUGCCGAUAGCCUCUUCCAGGCAAUGGUCGAGACCUGCUUCCCAAAUGGUGUCUUGUGGCGCAGUCGCACGAACAACCCGGUGAAUAAGUGGUACUUCGAACGCUCAUCUGGUAGUUGGCAGAUACCUGGUAGCGGUUGGACGAUGUUCUGGACCGGUGAUGGAGCUCUGGAUAAAGAUCGAUGGGACGAUUAUGUUGGAAUCUGCACAAACAUUCGACCCAGUUGGGCGGACGGCAAGAAACCUGAUUGA